CGAACUAGCGUCGUUCGACGAUAACUGUAAUUGUUAUUUUCUGCGCGGAUAUCAAUUUCUCGGCCGGAACUCCAGGUUGGGUCAAGCAUUGAGGUUUGGUGUUUGUUUAACAUAUUUUCAAACGUGGGUCUUCUUUUGGAAUAACCGCAAUUGUACGCUAUACUAUCGUCCUCCAGACCAAUGGAGAAAAUGGCCAGACCUGUUCCUUUAAACUCAUCUUUCCAACCUCCAACUAAUGGCGUACUGAAAUCCCUGUUGGAGAAUCCAAUGAAGCUGCCAUUUCAUCAUGAAGAAGGUUUUGGAAAAGAGAAGAAUGAGAAAGAGAAAAAGUUGGAUGAGGAAGGUGGUGCCAAUACUCCACAGUCGGCCUUCCUAGGGCCAACCCUGUGGGACAAGACCUUGCCAUAUGAUGGGGACAACUUUCAGCUAGAGUACAUGGACCUGGAAGAGUUUCUGUCAGAGAAUGGCAUCCCCGCAAACUCAGCUCAGAAUAACCAAAACCAGCCCCGGCAGCCCACUAUCCAGCAGGUUUCCCCUGCACCCCCCUUACCCUCUGUGGUCGACCUCAGCAGCCAUGCCACUACCUCUGUUCAUACAGCCAUGGUCUCCCAGAACUGUCUCCAGAUCCCCCCAGCCAGAGCAGUGCUGCCCUCAGCUGCCAGGAACACCCCCAGCCCCAUCGAUCCAGAGUCUAUUCAAGUUCCAGUGGGCUACGAGCCUGACCCUGCAGACCUGGCUCUGUCCAGCGUGCCCGGACAGGAGAUGUUUGACCCCCGAAAACGCAAGUUUGCCCCAGAGGAGCUCAAACCACAGCCCAUGAUCAAAAAGGCACGCAAGAUAUUCAUCCCCGAAGAUCUCAAGGAUGACAAGUACUGGGCCAGACGCAGAAAGAACAACGUAGCAGCCAAAAGAUCACGGGAUGCCAGGCGACUGAAGGAGAACCAAAUUGCCAUCCGGGCUGGCUUCCUAGAGAAAGAGAACGGUGCGCUUCGCUCCGAGGUGGCCGACUUGAGGAAGGAACUGGGUCGCACCAAGAACAUUGUGGCCAAAUACGAGGCUCGGCAUGGGCCCCUGUGAACCUCCCCAAACCAACGUCCACGCCACACCCUUCCCUCUCACCCCCUCACCCAAGAGUUUGAAGGACAAUGUGCCUCCCUUUCGGUGGCACUGGCCUCCCCACACACCAACCCCUCACCCCUGUACAUGAUAAUCCUAUAGGAUUCUAUCAUUUGGAAUUUGAAUUCUGUCACUGGCAUCUGUUUGUUCCUUCUGUUUUCUCACUCAUCCUUCAUGUACAAACAUGUACAUGGGGUAUGAGUAUGUAUGUACAGUAUGCGCACACACUUUCCUCUUUCAAGUACUACAAGGCACUUUGAGUGUUAAUGAGCCAACAACCUACUCUCCCAGAUCCCUACCCUGUCCCUUCCUUCCAUUGUUCAUUUUGUAAAGGAUGCCAUGGUGUUUGUUUUUCCCCUUUCUCACCUGUUUUAUACGUGUGAUCAGGACUGAGAACUGUUGUAAUGUAUCUCCCUCCCCAACCUUAUGUUCUUCUAGUGCUGUUUUCAGAGGGAUCAUCCUCCUACCGAAGACCCUGUUCCUGUCUGUUAUGUCCUGUACCUUCCUGUAGCAUCCUUUCUCAAACGGUUUGUACUGCGCCUACAUUCAUAUUGCAAUUUUUUUUGAUGUUAUUGUACUUCCGUUAAUAUUAUACAUUUUCGUGUCCAUUGUUCUAUUGCAGCGCUGUAACAUCAGUUCAUCACAUCAGGAUUAUAAGCUACUCUUGUGAUUUAAUAUUUUCUUGUUAGCACUUAACCUCUCUCUCAAACCUCAGUAUAACUGUACAGUUGAAAAGAAAAACCAGCGAUUCUUUUCUAUCACACAUUGAGCAAUAAUCUUUUCCAAACCUAUAUUAAUUCAUGCUACCAAGUUUUUCCUCCCACACCGAUUCCCCAAUCAGAGCACCUCUUGGUCUCCAGUAGAACCCACAACCCUCUUGUCUCUCGUUGCACGGUCAUUUUCUGUUGGGAGUUGCGCUAGCUAGCAUGGUGAACAGAUUUCCCACCCCGUGCUCAGUGGUUUCUCUGCUGCAGCUUGUUCCAAAACCACAACUCAGCUAACCCUCUCUGCACUAAUCUUCUAACGCGUGUCACAAUCUGACCUGGUGCAAUGUUCCUCAGUCUAAUCUGCCUGAUAUUUAUGUAUCUUUUCUGUUAAGGACAGAUUCAUUUUUUGAAAUAUUCAAUUGUUAAUUAUUAUUAUGACUUCUAUUUGUGUUGUUGAUAUUGUUAUUCUUAUCAUCUCAUUGUUUUUAUUUUAAUAGUUCAGCAUGAUUUCUCAGAACACAAACCUCAAGCUAAUCGCAAAGUGGUUUAAUUAUUUCCUUUUUAUUUAGCAUGAUUAACAAGAGUGGUUCUUUUAAUAAUCAGUAGAGAGAUCUGUAUUUUUGUAGCUAUGUGUUUGCCUUCUUCUGUAAGAUGGCUGUAUGAAUGUAAAAGAUGUUGAAAAAAAGUAGGAUGGUGUUGUCCAGUACUGUGGUUAUCCCAAACAAUUAUUUUACUACAAACCAAAAGAUUCAGGACAGAGAUGAUAUAUUGGUUAUAAGAGAUGUUUAUAUAAAGCUAUUCUAUAUGGGGUUUUUUGUACAGUAUUUUUCCUAUACAUUACUGGCUAUGUAUUUUAAAGGCACAGAAUCCAGAAUAUUAUUAUUAUUAUUAAAGAAUACAAAUACAUUACACAAAGAAAA